AUGGCAUUCCUGCCAGGGGCGCCGCGCCGCCUCUGCAGCCUCUUCCUCUGCCUCUCGCUGUCCACGCUGCUGACGCGUGCCGCAACGCGUCGCCACGAGUGGGAGGUCAGCUACCAGUUCAAGUCCCCGGACUGCGUGCGGAAGCUCUCCGCCACCAUCAACGGGCAGACGCCCGGCCCGGCGAUCCACGCCACGCAGGGCGACACCGUCGAGGUGAAGGUGAGGAACUCGCUGCUGACAGAGAACCUGGCGAUCCACUGGCACGGCAUCCGGCAGAUCGGCACGCCGUGGGCGGACGGCACCGAGGGCGUCACGCAGUGCCCGAUCCUCCCCGGGGACACCUUCACCUACGCCUUCGUCGUCGACCGCCCGGGGACCUACAUGUACCACGCCCACUACGGGAUGCAGCGCUCCGCGGGGCUGUACGGCGUCAUCGUCGUCGCGGCGGCGCCCGGCGGCACGGAGCCGUUCGCCUACGACGACGAGCACGACGUGCUGCUCAACGACUGGUGGCACAACAGCACCUACGAGCUGGCCGCCGGGCUCGCGUCCGUGCCAAUGGUCUGGGUCGGGGAGCCGCACUCGCUCCUCAUCAACGGCCGCGGGAAGUUCAAUUGCUCGGCGGCGGUGCCGGGCACCUGCAACGCCACCAGCCCGGAGUGCGCCACGCCGGUGUUCGCCGUCGUGCCAGGGAAGACCUACAGGUUUCGCAUCGCCAGCGUCACGUCCUUGUCCGCUCUCAACUUUGAGAUCGAGGGCCACGAAAUGACGGUGGUGGAGGCCGACGGCCACUACGUGAAGCCGUUCGUGGUGAAGAACCUCAACAUCUACUCCGGCGAGACCUACUCCGUCCUCAUCAAGGCCGACCAAGACCCCAACCGCAACUACUGGCUCGCCUCCAACGUCGUCAGCCGCGAGCCUGCCACACCUACCGGCACCGCCAUUCUGAGCUACAACGGUGACCGCGCAUCGCCGGCGACAACCCCGCCCACGGGCCCGGCCUGGAACGACACCAUGUACCGGUUCCGGCAGAGCGUGGCGACGGUGGCGCACCCGGCGCACGUCGAGCCUCCGCCGCCUCGCGCUGACCGCACCAUCCUCCUGCUCAACACGCAGAACAAGAUCGACGGGCGCAUCAAGUGGGCUCUCAACGGCGUGUCCUUCACGCUGCCGCACACGCCGUACCUGGUGGCCAUGAAGCGGGGGCUCCUGGGCACCUUCGACCAGCGGCCGCCGCCGGAGACGUACGCGCACCAGGGGUACGACGUGUACUCUCCGCCGCCGAACCCGAACGCGACGGUCAGCGACGGCCUGUACCGGCUGCAGUUCGGCUCCGUCGUCGACGUGGUGCUGCAGAACGCCAACAUGCUGGCGCCGAACAAGAGCGAGACGCACCCGUGGCACCUGCAUGGGCACGACUUCUGGGUGCUGGGCUACGGCAUCGGCCGCUUCGACCCGACAGUGCACCCGGCGUCAUACAACCUUAAGGACCCGAUAUUGAAGAACACGGUGGCGGUGCAUCCAUAUGGCUGGACGGCGCUGCGGUUCAAGGCCGACAACCCUGGAGUGUGGGCGUUCCAUUGCCACAUCGAGGCCCAUUUCUUCAUGGGAAUGGGAGUCGUCUUCGAGGAAGGCAUUCACCGUGUCGCCAAUCUCCCGCCGGAGAUCAUGGGAUGUGGGGAAACCAAGGGUGGUCACUGA